GUUUAUUCGAAGGCUCAGCAGGGGGACUGAGUGGAGUGUUUGGAGGGCCAUGAGAGGCUGCAGGCCCGUCUGACCUGGGGCAACUAGAGGUGGCGCUCCCCACCCUCCAUACACCCACCGGCGUUUGUGAUUAAGCAGGAACUGUGUGUGCAAAUUCACAGGCUUGCUCAUGAGUAAAAUGAAGAUUGGGCUCGUCGGAUUGUAAAGGCUCGUGGGUGUUCUGAGAUCACAGAGGCCGAAGCCCGGGAUCCAACUCCCUGCAGCAGGCCUGAGCAACCCAGCCUACAGCCCCCUGCUCUGGAAAGCCAGCUGCUGCCCCCAGUGAUGGUGCCUUUUCACAUAACCUCCAGUGUGCCUUGGCAAAGGCUAGAGGAGCUAGCCCCGCAGGCCGAGACCCUGGAGAAUGCCCGCCCCGGCAGGAAGGAGCGCUUCUUCUGGGGACAGCCAACCUUGGGAGCCCUACAGGUCAUCAUCAGCUUGCUUCAUAUCAGCUGUGGGGGUGUUCUGGCUGCUCCCUCCACCUCUGUGGCAUUUCCCACCACUUACUGGUACCCACUGGUAGGAGGAAUGUUUUUUUUCAUUUCAGGAACAGCCACCCUGUUCAUCUCGGCCGACUGCACAAUUUACCGGAUGAAGGUCGGCGUAGUGUUGAACCUGGUCAGCUCGCUGUGCGCCAGCCUCGGGGUGUGUGCCUUCGUGGUGGAGCUGGCUGCCAGAGGCAGACACACCCAGGUGCCCCAAAAGAGUCUCUCCAGAGUGCUGUUGUUCUUCACCAUCCUGGAGCUGGUCAUCGCUUCCUCAUCCACCUUCCUGGGCCUCUAUGCCACUUCCUAUUCUGUGAGAAAAUGGAGGCCGAGUGAACAGAAGGAACCUGGCCAAGUUCACAGCAGGCCCCAGAAUCAGUACCUGAGCCCAGAGGAGUUUGAGCACAUGGCUACAGCGGCUGCCCCUGAGAACUCAGCCUAGCAGCUGCAGCAGCCCCCAGCCACUGUCUGAGCCCAAGGCACCUGCUGCCCUGAGAGAACAGCAUCUGGUCCCUCCGAGACUCUGCUGUCCCCCUGCUCCUACCCCCCUUCAUCACACUAGAUCGCUGUCCCCACUCCCUCUCACCCUGCCCCCCCACAUGCAUGCACACACCCCAGCAGGGACAGGGGCCUGCUCUGUGUGUUGAGAGUCACCUUCAGUGGUGCUAUUUUGCUAUUAA